UACAUGUUAACCGGGCAAUAUAUUUUCAAGUUCAUUAUUUGCAAAAGCCAACCAAGACUUGCUUUGACAUUGGAGAUUUGAUGACUUUAGUCCACUGUCACUUUGCUGUCAAUGUGUUGAGGUUAUGUUUAAUGUGUUUGGAAAAUAACACACAUUCAAACGUAGAAUUGUAAAUAAAUUGUGAAACGACGAUGUUUUUGAUGAAUUUCAAAAGCAGUUUAGUGAAAAACAAAUCGACUUGUUUGCUCCGAAGGUCGAUAGUUUCUUCAUCAUGUUGCCGAUCAGCGAAAAUAUCAUCGGAAAACACGGAAAAUACGAAUGCCGAACGAAAAGAUGUCGAAACCUAUCGUCCACUCUCCGAAGACGAAAUCCAAAAGAUUAUUAAUUUAGAUAAUAUUCACAUUGUGACAAAGUUCCAACAGAAAUUACCACAACGGCCGCCGUUGAUCAAAAAUUUCUUUAUUGGCAAAAUUGACGUUGAGCAUCUCACGUAUCCUCAAGUGAUGGAGGUCAAAGAUUUCAAUGCUAUGACCGAAAAGCUUCAACCAAUUGAUAGUUACUUUGCUGAUAGUGCUCGUACUCCUGUCGAUCUACGAUUUCGAGACGUGUCCAAUCAAAUGCUGGGCGAUUUUCGAAAUCUGAAUCUUUUUGCCGCUUCGGUGCAUCAACGUUUUGGCGGUUUGGGUUACUUCAAGAGCGAAAUGAAUUGGGCCAGUGAAUGUGAGGCGAACGAUAUUAAAAGUUUCUUCGUUUUAGCUGGUCAUCGAUUAGCUGUUGAAGCUAUUUCUGACCAUGGGAAUUUAAGUCAUCAUAAUCAAUAUCUGAUGGACAUGGCUAAAGGUGAGAUAAUCGGAGCAACGUGCUUACAUGAUCCCUUGAAUAAAACAGAGCCGCAACCAGUCAAAGUGGAACAAACGCCAGAUGGUGACUAUGUUUUGAACGGCAGCAAAUCAUUUGUACCAAUUUCGCAGCACGUAAACCUCUUGAUAGUGGUUGCCGAAAAGUCAGACGAAUUAAAAAGGGAGUUCGAGGUGGAUGAGGAAGACGAUGAUGAAUAUUUCGACGCUUAUCUCACGAUUGUUCUCGAUCCAAAGUCCUCUGGCAUCACAAUUGUUGACCAAUGCGAAAAAAUGAUUGGAUGCAAUGAUGUUCCAUUCGCCACUGUAAACUUCUCUAACGUUCACGUGAGCAAGAGUCAAAUCCUUUCGGAAGGACUGGACGACCGUAAAAUAUCUCAGAAACUGGUUACCAGUUCGAGACUACAAUCUGCCACUCUGAACUUGAUCCAGGCAAAGAAUAUGUUGAAACAACUGAUCAACUUUUCCAUCAGCGCCGAGAUCAAUUCGCAGAAAUUGAGGGAUCUACUACACGUUCGUUAUUGCCUAGCCAAAUUGGCGUGUGAUGUGUAUGGACUCGAGAGUAUGAUUUAUCUGAAUGCAGGUAUUAUAGAUCAGUACGACAAUCCAAAGGUCGAUUUGGAGUGUGCGGUUACCAAGGCUUAUUCGCAAGACAUUCUGUGGAAUCUCACUCGAUUCGCAAUGGACCUGAUCGAUACUCCAGUAACAAUUGAAGGGCAUCCAAUUGAUCUAGACAUACGAAACGCCAUUCAGCUUCAGUACCACGAAACUAGCAGCUCGUUGAAGAGCUAUGCUGGUCGAGUAGGAUUACAGCACGCUAUGGAUCAUUUCGGAAAAAAUGCCCAUAGUUAUAAGGACUCAAUUUGGGUCAAAUUUGGAUUGAACAAUAUGAUUACGAUCGAAGAUGUGAAAGAGAAGCACUUUUUGGGUGAUUAUCUGCAUCCAUCGCUUAUGGAAGCAGCGACCGAGUUAGAGAGUUCAAUACAGCGUGUGCAAUUUUCGUCAGAGAUGCUAUUGAAUCGAUACGGUGAUUCAAUUAACGAGAGAAUUGUCGAAAUUCACGAUUUAGGUGAAGCACUUAUGCAGUGCUAUGCCAUGUUUACCAGCUUAGCGCGAUCUUCAAGAGCAUAUUGCAUCGGUUUACGUCAUUCAAAAUACGAAACCGUAGCAGCUGGAUGUUUAGUUCAAGCAUACUCGCGGAACAUCUUGAAAAUGGCCUUAGAAAUAAAACACAAUCGGAAUGGCUAUGGCGAUCUAUACAAAACAGUCACCGAAAAUGCACUAAGAAGACAUCGAAAUCAAUCAAUAGUAAUACCAUCAGUGUUACAAUCCGGGGUGGUGCAGAAAGUUGUUGUGUAAAUGAGCAGGAUGAAUAAAUGUAGAUACAAGUUUUAAGCAAAAAAAA